AUGAAGGAAUACAACGUAACGUACUUGGAAGUAAUACAAAGGGGAGAUGUUGUAGCGAAGUACUAUAACGACCAGACGUCGGGGUACGGGUCUUUAGGCAGGGCUGGCAAAAAUGCCACGCCCAAGGUGUUCGAGCGCCUCGUGGAGGAAUUGGUAAUACCGAAGGUCGUGCAUGUGGAGGGCAAUAAGGUGACAAAAAUGUCGACCCCUUUGCUGGACGGUUUUGACUGCUACUACGGGACAGCGGACGACGCCACGACGUACGUGUGCUUCUCGCAGAUCGAUGUGCCCAAGAUUUUACCGCUGCGUUUGCUAACCGAGUUAAAGUCCAUUUCAAACGGCUCGGACGAGGAGCUCGCGGAGCACGUCCGCACAAUCGUGCGGCAAUUCCACGAGGAGCUCCUGACGUACCACGACUCGAGCACCGCCGAGGCGACGGAGCAGGAUCUCCAGGAUAUCAUCCAGCUCAUGAACGACAAUAUUGACAAGUUUCUGCAGCGCCAGGAGCGGGUCUCGUUGCUUGUGGACCGCACCUCGAAGCUUAACCAGUCCAGCCACAACUUCAAGCGCAAGGCGGUGCGCAUCAAGCAGAGAAUGUGGUGGCAAAACGUGAAGUUGUGUUCCACGCUGGUCGCGGUGACUGUGCUUGUCUUGUUCGUAGUCGUGGCCGCCGUGCAUUACGUAUGA